GAAUUGAAUGGAGGGAACAGUCAUCCGCCGGCCGUUUCGGCCGGCCGUGACUUCGCACUGCGUGAUGGCUCUUUCUGGUUUCCUGUUCCUGUUCGUGCAGCCCAAGGUAGCGUUCCGUGGAGGUGCGAAUCGCUGCUGGAACCUCAGUGCCGACGCCAGCAGAUUAACGGAUGUGUUCAACAGCGUGAUGCUGACCGGCUCCACUUCCUUCUAUGAUUCCUACAAAUCUCAGAGUGAAGACAAUGUUGACUUAAGGCAGACCUAUACUCCACUUUCUUCAUCUACAGAAUAUUCAAGUUCUGUAGAUUCUUCACUUUUGUAUGCACCAUGGUCUACUUAUGGAGAUGAUAUUAAACAGCCUUCUAAUUCUCAGAUCAAUGUAAAGAACAGGAUUCAAACAGAAAGAAAUGACUAUGGCAGUGAAACAGACUUAUAUGGACUUGUGUCUAACAUUUUGGAAGAACAAGAUAAGUCACAGCCAUAUUUUGCUGAUGGGACCUGCUCCUCCAAUUUAAAGUCAGUUUGGCCAUUGAACACAAGCAGAUAUGCAGAUCACCAUGACCUCUUAACAGAAACCAAAAGGCCGAUAGAUACAGCCAUCUCUCAGCAAGCUUUUUAUAGUGGUGAAACUAUGUCAGCAGUGGAAAAGCAAUACCUGCAUAAUAGUAAUCUCACAUCACAACAAAAAAUAGAUGAACUUUAUCAUGGAUUUACUGGUUUAGACCCUGAAGAACAAUGGAUGUACCCCUCAAGAAGCGAUCAUUCUAACUAUUACAAUAUUCAGACAAAUGAUACAGCGAAGACAACAUUCCAAGAAUAUCCAUUUAUCAAAAACUGCUUCACACCACAAGCUGGCCUGUCUGACAUCAUGAAAGAAUCAGGAGUUGAUACUUACCCUUAUGGAAGAGAGAAAAUGUGUGUUAAAAGUCUUGAAGCACCAUUACAGCAGAAAAGGGCAGAAAUAUUUCUUUCCCAAUUUAAUAGAUACAAUGAAAAUGCAGAUUAUUGUAGAUAUCCAGAAUAUGCUCAUCCUAAUAAGGCUAAGCUUAAUAAGUGUUCAAAUUUUAGUGUCCAAGAUAGUAAAAAAUUAGCCAAUGGCACACCUGAAACACCAACUGUUGAAACAGAUACCUACACAAAGUUAUUUCAGGUUAAACCAGCAAGUCAGAAAAAAAUGGAGGAGACAAUACCUGACCAACAGAAUUUCACAUUUCCAAAAACUACACCACACCUAGCAGAAAAACAGUUUGCAAAGGAAGCAGCAUUCACUGCUGAUUUUGGCUUAAAAUCAGAAUAUGGACUAAAACCUCACACAGCUUGUCCAGCUAAUAAUGAUUUUGCUAAUGUCACAGAAAAGCAACAGUUUGCUAAAGCUGACCCCCCAAAUUCUGAGUAUUUUAAAUCAGUGAAUUUAUUGUCAAACUCAGCAACAUCUGCAGCAGGUAUCAACUUAAAUAGACCAACUUGGAUGAAUAUCCAAACAAAAAAUAACACUCUUAUUCCUUAUCGAAAUCAAGGUAACUUGAUGAAACUAAGUAGUCAUUUAAGUGCAGCUUCAAAAGGUUCUAACCAUUCUUCAGAUUUCCCCCAACUAUCAUCCACAAAUUUAAACCCAACUAGCAAUUUAUUUCAGAAGUAUUGCCAAGAAAACCCUUCGGCAUUUUCUAGUCUUGAUUUUAAUUAUAAUGGUGCAGAAAGAAUUCAAUCUGUCAAUCACAUGGAAGGACUGACAAAGACUGCAGAAGAAAACCUCUUUGAAUCGGUUACUGAUAAAAAACUAAAGCAACCAAAUGGAUUUUGUGAUAACUAUUCAGCUCAGCAGUAUGGGAUCACUGAAAAUGUAAACAAACAUAAUUUUCAAGCCAAGCCCCAGAGUGUGCAUUAUGAUCUUCAGGAAGGUCCAAAGCAUUUAGAUGGUUUAUCUCAAAAUACAUACCAAGAUCUGUUGGAGGCACAGGGUCAUUUUAAUAGCCACAGACAGGGAAGUGGAGACAACAAUAUUAAUAGCCGUGUGAAUCCCACACAGGCGUCAUGCUUUUCUAAUUACAUGAUGGGAGAUUUAAGGCAUAAUCAGAGUUUUCAACAACUUGGUUCGAGUGGGUUUCCCCUAAGAUCCACCCACCCAUUUGGCCAUUCAGUUGUCCCACUGUUGGAGUCCUAUGAUUUGUUUCCUUAUGAUGACUUAAGCCAUUUAUACCCUUAUUUUAAUGAUAUGAUGUAUGGUGAUAAUUCCUUUUCUGGUUUCGUGCCAACUUUUGGACUUCAAAGACCAAUUAAAACCCGUAGUGGACCAGCCAGUGAACUUCAUAUUCGUCUAGAAGAGUGCUAUGAACAAUGGCGAGCAUUAGAAAAGGAGAGAAAAAAGACUGAAUUGGCCCUUGCCAAGAAUUACCCAGGAAAAAAAGUAUCCAGUACUAACAAUACUCCAAUUCCAAGGCUGACUUCCAAUCCGUCUAGAGUUGAUCGCUUAAUUGUGGAUGAACUUCGAGAACAAGCCAGGGUUGUGACUUUACUAGGCAAAAUGGAACGUCUUCGAAGCUCUCCCCUUCAUGCCAAUAUCUCUACUGCUCUUGAUAGACACUUGGAGUCCAUUCACAUUGUACAGUCACGUAGAAAGGAUGAAAUUGUUAAUGCUUCAAAUCGACAAAGGCAAGGAGUUCCUAGAUGCCAAGAUGACAGAGACGUUUUUGCCCUUGCUUCAGCAAUUAAAGAGAUGUGUGUGGCUACUCGGAAAGCACGCACUACCCUGUGGUGUGCACUGCAGAUGACCUUGCCAAAAACAGCCAGUACAGCUGGCCAAACAGAUGUGGAGAAGUCUUUACAAGAUAUAGUAAACUGUGAAGAUAAAGUCCAUGAAAGCAUAAAUAGUAACAAUCCAGUGAACCAGAGAGGUGACGCAAACAAACAUUAAGGAAAUGAAAUGCCAGCAGAAAGAAGGCUAAAAAGCUGAUAAGUAAAUGUAUCAAGACAUGCUAAAAAACUUUAAUGAAAUUGUCAAACUUGAAAAUUUCAGUACAUUAAUUUUCUUUCAGAUUUAAAGUUAGUACCUUAAUGAAGUCUAACUUCUAUUUAAAAACCUUAUGUUUGGAAUGAAUCAGAUACAGUUUAAAGUGAACUCAAAGGUAAAGUUGACUAUGAGUUCUGAGUAGUCAAAGAUAAGUUUAAGUAAAUAUUUCCUAACAGCUAAAAUAUUGCUUAAACCCAUUCUGCAGUGCAGGUAAAUGCAAAAGUGAAAUUCUUCUAGAAGAUAAGUUUCAUUUAGGUCUGCCUUAGUAAGUAUAAUUCCAAAUAAUGAAUCUAAAUGACUGUAACCCAAUUAUGGCUACAGUCUAGUAAGCAAGACAAGUUUUGAUUGUGAUAUAAAAGUGUUUUCCUUAAAAAAUUGA